GUUAUAUGUCUUUUAUUUUUCUAUUGUAAAAAGAUUCGCGCGCUGUGUUCUCAAACGGAUUUUUUAAUGAACAAUUUUUAUGGAAAAAUUAAGCUUUUUAAUACGGUAAUUAAAAUCAAGGACAAGGCAGAGUAUAGUGCAUAUGAGAAUAUAAAAGUUCUGCAUGAAUAAUUGCAAAAUUUAUGUUUUUUUUUGGUGGCAAUUAUAAGAAGUCUGGCGUUGGUUGGUUUGUUUGCUCACAACGGAGAGGAUUGUGUGUGCGUGCGUGUGUGUGUGUUUAAGUGAGUGUGCGUGUUUGGUUGCGAAAAAGAAAAACAGAAAUGAAAAAAAUGCCACCGCAAAAGAAACGUGAAAAGGAAGCCAAAGAUUCCAAUGAUUCCAAUUCCAUGGCAAAUCAUAAUAAUAAUUUGGACAGUCAGGCAAAUAACAAUCACCAGCAGCAACAACAGCCAAAUAUGUUAAAUGGAAAUGGUGCACUUGCGACGCCAACGUCGACCGAACAAAUCAAACUGAAUGGUCAGCAACAGGAGCAGGAACUCUUUUUGCAGGCCUUUGAAAAACCCACACAAAUAUAUCGUUUUCUGCGUAUUCGCCAUGGCACCAGUCCCUUAUUUCUCCAACGUACCCUCAGCUACAUGAAGGAACGCAUGUCGCGCAAUCACAAGAAACGCAACAAUUUUAAAGUCAACAAUAUGUUGGAUACCAUCACGCAAAAGGGUCAGACAUUGACCAAUAACUUUUUGAAUAUCAUCUAUUUUGGUUUAUUUGAAAAGAAUGCCAGUGUUGAGCAUAGCUGGCAGCAAGGCGAUGUGGUAACAGUGGAGGCGACCUUAUAUAAAAUAACCAAAAGUAAACGAAAGGAUAGCACAUCGGAUUUCCAGGAAGUAUUGUCCUAUUCAUCCACUGUGGUUUAUAAUCCCCAUGAUAAUUUGGAUCAAAUGACCGCCAUAUCCAUACCGGCUCAAUCCAUACAAUCGCUGGGGGAUCAACAUACCAUUUAUAAGCUGUUGUUUCGCAUUAAAGUUGCACCCAGCAGCAAUGAAAAUACUGUAAAUGGCAAUAAUGAAACGCCCACCAAACGUCCCAAAAUGUCAACCAAACUUUAUGGCUGUGAAGUUAUUGUCUAUGAGAAGAACAUAGGCUGUAUACCCGAGGGCGACUAUGAUGCUGCAUUGCAGGAACUCAACUCAUCAAUAAUCAAAUCAUUUUCACCAAAGAAACGUAGUUGGGAAACUUUGCCCGAUAAUUACAUUCCAAUAUCGAUGAAAUUUGAUGUAUUUGCCCAAUAUCCAACCUUGAAGUUUCGCCUGACAUGGUCGGCAAAUGAGCUGCCGAAGGAGAUUUUGUCAAGUGAUAUGGAGAAAUAUGGCAGUUUUUCGGAAAUUCUUCACGAGGAAGAUAACAUUGCGGCAACAGAACAAAUCCAGCAUAAUAACAAUAACAAUAAUAAUAAUUGUCCUAAGGGCUCAUCUACUAACAGAAAAACUGGUUCUAGAUUAGCCGGUGGUUCAUCAUUGGUGUCGUCAAGUAAAAAACCCCUGGCUAAAACGGAAAAAAUCCAAAUUAUUUACAACUUUCUGUACAGCAACAAUACACGACAACAAACCGAAUAUACCCAAGAGGUGAUUUGUCCAUGGUGUGGCCUGGAUUGUAUGCGACUAUAUUCGUUGCUGAAACACUUGAAGCUAUGCCAUGCCAGAUUUAAUUUUACCUAUCAACCGGCCGCUGGUAAUGGGGCACGCAUUGAUGUUACCAUCAAUGAUUCAUACGAUGGCUCAUAUGCCGGCUCCCCCUAUGAUUUGGCGGGGCCUUCUGGUUGCUCCUUUGCCCGGACAUGUGGCCCAGUUCGGCGUACCUCGGUCACGAAUCUGUUGGUCUGUCGCCCGCGACGUCAAAAAACUUGUUUGGAUGAAUUUUUGGAACUGGAUGAAGAUGAUUUGUCCAAUCAAAGGCCCUAUGUAACAGGUCAUAACAGACUCUAUCAUCACACCGAAACCUGCCUGCCUGUACAUCCCAAAGAACUUGACAUCGAUUCGGAGGGUGAAAGUGAUCCCUUGUGGCUACGCCAGAAGACCAUACAGAUGAUUGACGAGUUCACCGAUGUCAAUGAGGGCGAAAAGGAGCUCAUGAAGCUCUGGAAUUUACAUGUUAUGAAACAUGGCUUUGUUGGCGACUGCCAGCUACCGAUUGCCUGUGAAAUGUUCAUUGAAAGCAAUGGUUAUGAAAUCAUACGCAAGAAUAUUUAUCGCAACUUUAUUUUACACAUGAGUUCUCUCUACGACUAUGGCCUGAUCUCGCCGGAAACCUUCUAUAAGAUUGUGCAAAAACUUCAAGGUAUCCUUAGUAGAUAUCCCGAAGGCCAGGUCUUAAUGUCCCGCCAACGUGAACAACAAUUAAAAUAUUGGCUAGAAGUUGGUAUACAUAAGCAGGAGGAACAAAAACUAAAAUCUCCCCAAAAGCCGGUCACUGCAUCAACGGCGGCAAAUAAGGCUGUGCAAAAUAAACUCGAAACCCCGGGUAGUAACAAGAAAUCAAUGCAACCGCCAGCCAAGCGUUCGGGCGCUGGUAGUGCACUCAAACGAUCCAGUAUACACUCGGCCGUAAAUGGCGGCAGUGAGGGCAAUAAUGUUGUUGCAACAGUCGUAAACGGCGAAAAGCUAAGCAAUGGCAAAGGUGUUGCCAAGAAGUCGGCAGCACAUGAUGAUGAUAGUAAUGAGAAAUCGAAUGGAUUGCGUCGUCUUUCAAAUGGCAUGGAUAAAAAGACAAUAACGGAUAAUAAAUCUGCAGUGUCGUCAUCAUCAUCAUCAUCGUCCUCGGCAAAUAGCAGGGAGUCGGAUAAAACACAAAAUACCAAAAGAAGGCUAUCAAUGAGAGAUGUGCCACAACCUGCCACAAAACGCCAACGUAGCGACAGCAGCAACAACUUAACAAACAAUAGCACUGCCAAUGCAAAUACCUCCAACAAUCCAAACAAUAGCAGUAACAAUGCACGCAAGGACUCAACAUCUUCUGCCUCCAACAACUCGGCAAGCAAUGCUUCUGCUGCUACUGGUCCAUCGAAACGUUUAACUACUCGACGUCAAUCUCUAGCCGGUCUUCCAUCGGAAAGCAGCAAUAAAGCCCAGGAAAAAACUACAACAAAUGGUAAAAAUGCAUCAUCAUCAACUCACAGCCUGCGCACCCGUCUUUCAGUGCCUCUAAAUAAUAAAUCGGAAAAACGUUGAUACAUAUCCUUAUUUUCUGUGUAAUGUCAGGCAACCAAAGGUGAUUUUUUGUCUAUAUAUUUUUGAUACACAGAGAGAGAGAGUGAGGGUGAGAUGAUUUUGACCAAACGAAAGCAGAAUGGGGAAAAAAGGGAUCUCUCAAACAUUUACUUUUGUAAAUUGCUCUUGCAUUUUUUACCUUUUCCCCCUCGCUCUCUCUCUCUAUCAGUCUCAUUAUGAACAAAUAAUUUUGUUUAUUCUUUUAGGUGUUUGGUUAAGUUUAUGUUUUUCUCCACUUCCAGUUAUGGUGACAUUUUUUGGGUUACACAGACGCAUGGUUUCGCGCGUUUUUAUUUAAUAUCUCUCAUGUUCUCAGCUAUUAAUCUCUCUUAAACUGGACAUAUGCAAAUAUGUACAUUGCUAGAUAAAUUAAAGCCAACUUGCCACACAUGAAAUUUUGUAUGCUACACGGCAACACAUUGAAUUAAAAAUUAUGGAAUUCCAUGUUAUGUUACAUGGCCAUACAUUAAUUAUUAUCUUCUUAAUGGUCAUUUACUGUAUUAUAUAUGUAAUCUGAUGACCAUACACAGUGACAAUUUCGUGGCAAAUAAAAUCUUUUUUAUCAAAAGAGAGAGAGGGAGGGAAGGGAGUAAACCAGGGAUUGUUUUAUAAAUUUUUUAAAUUUCUCACACAUAUUUACCCUAAAUUUCUCAUCUAAGACCUAACGAUUUCCUUAAUACAACACCAAAGCUUUCCAGCAUGGUUCCCUUGUUUUUGUCUUACAAACUCCUAAGAAUAUUUAAAGUAGCCCAAUGGCUGGUGGCCACAUCUUGAAUAUGAUGUAUUACCUUAACUAUUUUCCGUCUCCCUUAUAUUGUUUAUACUAUGGUAGAAGAAUACAGGUAGAUGCAUCAAAGCUUGGGUACAUUGAUAUGUCAACAAUUUUAAAAUGUUUUCUUUUUUCAAAAAUAAGAAGAUUUUUAUAAGUUUUCGUAUACGACAACAAUCGGAGGUUGUUUAAAUAGGCAUUUUUCAACAAUUUUAACAAAUUUAAAUAAAUUUUCAUUCAAAAUUUUCAAUUCGACAGUUCAUUGUUCCAGCAGCUGUGUCGAUACGACUACCUAUAUUCUUCUACCAUGGUUUAUACAUAGGAAAAAUGUUUUCCCGGUUCACAGUUACAUGUCACUGGUAAUCUCCGAGAGCAAGAGAGAUAGAUUAAGAAAUUGUAUCUUUUAAUGUAACCAAAUUAAACACAUUAUGUUGCUAUUUUCAAGACAGGGUUGCCACAACUUGUUAUUUUACAUUAAGCUAUUGUUUUUUUUUAAUUACUAGAAGGUCAAAAGUGUAUAGCUACAAAACAGGGCCAAGUUUUGGUUGUUUUCCAAAGUACACACCAACACACAGAUUGUAUAGUAUUUCUUAUAUUCUAAUUUUUGCAAAAAAAAAAAAAUAAAAAAUCACUAAAACCAUGAUUUUUACAUAUAUCAUCAUCAACUCCGAUCAUCCUUAAAGAAAAUCCUGUUAUGUUUAAAAAAUUGAUUGAUUUUUUUUUAUUUUAAUGUAUCAACAAGUUUUUUUUUAUUAUUUCAAAUAUUUGGUAAUGAACCAAGCUAUUGUUCUUUUUAAAUUCUUUUUCUAAAACAAUUGUUUAAUAUUUUUACAAAAUAUAACAAAAAAAAAAAAACGAAUCAUUACUUCUCCUUAUUUGUAUACAAACCAAUAUUAGUCUACAAAUUUAAAUAUAUUUUGUAAAUUUAAGUAAAUAAAAAAACAUUUAAAUAUUUUUUUAUAAAAUUCAAAUGGAAAUUACCAAACAGAAAGAACAAACCUCAAAAAAAAUUAAAUUAGAACACAUAUGAAUAAACCGAAACAGAAAAAAAUACAACAAAAUAACAUAAAUUAGUAAUACUUAAUUUUAGUUAAUUAUUAAUAUAUUGGAGGACUUAAAGUACAGAUAACAUAAAAUAUAUUGGAAUAUUUUUAUUCAUAAACAUUUUUGAUUUUGAAA